AAUAUUGACUCUCUGGAGCCAUGGCAACCACUGUGAUCCACACAGGCAAGCCGCAGAAUAUCCCUCCAGGUAGCUUUUGUGCUGGGGUGACAGGGUGGCCAAGGGCAGAUAAGCUGCCUGCUCUUGGCUCAGAGCUUUGUGAGUGAAGCAAGGACAUCAGAGACUCUUUCCUCUGUGUGUUCAUGUCCCCCCUGUCUUCUCAAAAGAAGGGCCUUAUGGGAUGCCCAGAGAGGUGAUGAGCUAUACAGGUCAACUGGAAGGGGGGCUGUUUGUGGCUGGAAGUGGGUGGUCCUAUUGGCAUGUCAACAGAGAGACCCCUCUUCCUCUGAAGGAGAAAAACUCCCUCUUCAUCAUGACCAACAUGAUCAUCACCAUGAACCAGACCCAGGGCCUCUGUCCUGAGAUUCCAGAUAAGACCACUGUGUGUGAAUCAGAUGCCAACUGUACCGCUGGGUUUGCAGGUACCCACAGCAACGGAGUCCAGACAGGCAGAUGCGUGCAGUUCAACAAAACCCUGAAGACAUGCGAGGUAGCAGCCUGGUGCCCGAUAGAGGAUGACUCAGAGGUGCCAAGGCCUGCAUUCCUCAAGGCUGCAGAAAACUUCACUGUUUUGGUUAAGAACAACAUCUGGUACCCCAAGUUUAAUUUCAGCAAGAGAAAUAUCCUGCCCAACGUCACCACCACCUACCUCAAGUCGUGCAUGUACGAUGCGGUUACAGAUCCCUUCUGCCCCAUAUUCCGCCUUGGCAAAAUAGUAGAGUCUGCGGGCCAUAGCUUCCAGGACAUGGCCGUGGAGGGAGGCAUCAUUGGCAUCCAGAUCAACUGGGCCUGCAACCUGGACCGAGCAGCCUCCCUCUGCCUGCCCCAGUACUCCUUCCGCCGCCUGGACACCCGGGACCUCAGCCACAACGUGUCUCCCGGCUACAACUUCAGAUUUGCCAAGUACUACAAGGACCUGACAGGCACUGAGCACCGCACACUCACCAAGGCCUACGGCAUCCGCUUUGACAUCAUCGUGUUUGGAAAGGCUGGGAAAUUUGACAUCAUCCCUACCAUGAUCAACAUUGGCUCCGGCGUGGCGCUCUUAGGGGUGGCGACGGUGCUAUGUGACAUCAUCGUCCUCUACUGCAUGAGGAAAAAGUACUACUAUCGGGAGAAGAAAUACAAAUAUGUGGAGGACUAUGAGCAGGGUCUUGGUGACCAGAUGGACCAGUGAUGCCGACCCACAGCCGGGCUCCCCACGGCCCUCCCCCCAGCACGGCCAAGAGGGAAUCAGGGCAGCCACGUCACCACUGACAAAGAUCCAGAUUCUGAUCAACUCCAUUCCACUUGUGCUUCCAGGUGGCCCCGCCGCCCAUUUCGUGGGUUUGCAGACCGGGCUGGCCCAGUGGGUUACCUCUGCUGUUCCUGCAACUUGGGGUGGCUGGCCCAAGGGCAGGGAUGCUGUGUGGCUGCAAAGCCCACGCUUUCUCCAGGCCAGCGUUCCCGGUUGGCUGCCCUCUCUGCCCCCUCAGAAUGUGCAGUCCUUCAUGUGCUAGAAGAGCAGUAGCUCCAACGCUUUUUGUUAUCACUGCCUCAGCUUAUACUUUCCAUGGGGAUGGGGAUUCUUUCCAUAGCUUUCUUAGUGUUUCUUUGUUAAACAAAUUCACUAAUGAGGGCCACCACCAAGCCACCUGCCUCCACAGCCUGGGUCCUGUGUGGCACCUCACAUGUGGAAGGUCUAGGGCUUGGAAAACUACAAUGCUGGAUGUAGUUGUGUAAACAUAGGAGGAGCCACCUGCACACCCUCCCUGGGGGAGCCCCUAGGCCAGGCCUGAGUCUGCACAGACAGGCUGGGACGAUGACUCAGGACAAGUGACUUGAAUUGCUGCAAGUCCUUAUUGCAAAGUAACCAAAACCCAUCUUCUCCCAGAGGUGUGGAGCCCAACAUUUAAGCAAGGGCAGGAGGGCAAGCAAAGUACUAGUUAGAAAAAGCAAGCAGGGCAGCAAGACCACCUCCAUCAGGGUUCUUUACCCUGGGAAGCCACCAACAUUUCCUACCUCAGUACUGUCAACAGGAGAGCAAGGAAAGUCUGGCUAAUAGUCAAGAACUUAUGACAAUCUGUGAAAGCCUGGAGUUAGGCUCAGUGAGUGGGCUGGCCAGGGGAACUCCAAUGCUGACCAGACUUGAGCUAUGUGAGUACAAAGCCAUGUGCUAUACCUUUGGUGAGGUCUGUUCUUAGCUAUGGACCCUACACCUUUUGACCAUUUUACUGGCCUUUCAUGCCAACCUAGUAUCCAUAGUAACUUGGAGUUUCUCCUUGUGGGACUUUGGAAUAUCUGUUAGGGGGCUUCAGCUAAAUGGUCUUGUACAAAUGGUGUGCAAAAGGAGAGAUGGAGACAGCCCUGUUAGGUGAUGUAAUAUCAUAGCCUGCCAGGAAUGUAUGAUGUCAACCAAUUAGGAACCAGUGUCUAGUCUAAUUCCUGGACACUGGAGUCUUCACUCCCUAAGUCAUCCCUGCUCCCUUGUGACUUCAGGCUUCUGCAGCCUCAGCUCCCUUCUCCAGAAGGGAAUUUGUGUUCAAACUCUAGUUCCUCAGAUACAGAUCUGGUUUGGCCACUCCUAGGAGUCACAUGGCUUCAGUCCUGACUCAUUAAUCAUCUUGACCACCUAGAAAAUGCUUCCCUUGUUUUGAAGUCAGUAAUACAUUGACUGAACUUUUUGUUUUAUUUUGCAGUCCUUUGUGUGCGGGGUGGGUGGUGCUGGUGGAAGUGGUUGGUUUCCUGGACUAGGCCAGCCUGCCAUCUUGAUUGCAAGUCCUUUUUGGCAAGAGCCUCUUAGAGACCCCUGACCCCUUGGGUCUCAUUGCUUCCUCACCUGCAGUCUUGUCUUGCUUUUAAGUUCUUUGUGAUGCUUCAUGUUUGCUUCUGGCUUCUGACUUCAACCCUAUGAAUUCUCUGGUAUCCUGGUUUGCUUUCACUCUUAAGCUGGCGGCUACUGGUUUGGUGCUGAUCUGUUCUUGCUUUGACCUCUGCACAGCUUACUCCUCUGCUCCUGACUCUUGUUGGUGGUGCCAUCCUAACUCAGUUUCCACAGUAUGUCUUAUGUCUGAAUCAUUUACUCAACCUGUUCCUACAUAUCUGCCCAGGACACACUUGACCCUUCUAAGACCUAUGAUUGCCUGUGGGAGCCAAGCAGGUUUCUGUGACUGUAGUUAUGGCAGGUCUGGAACCUACUUGGUUCCAGACACCAAGUAGGCUUAUGCUGUUCCCUUUUCAGAAAGAGUCGCCAAGUAGGUCCCAAGUAUAAUUGUUAGGCAGUUUGCCUAUCAAGCUGGCAGGAAAUUCAUAUUGGCCUUCCUCAUUAAUUCAUCAACUAUAUAUUGAGAAAAAAAAAUUUGUGGUGCCAGUGGGUAUACUGGUAAACAAAAAUAGAAAAAGUUACUAUUUACCAUUUACUCUAGCAGGACAAAAAUGUUAGUGUACUUUAAGUACUAUGUAGAAGACAAACCUCUAAGUAAGUGGAAAAAAAAAACUUUGACAAGUCAAUAUUGUUAGUCAUCAGAGAAAUACAGAUUUAAGCUACAGUGAGGUAUCACCACACAGCCAGUAGAAUGAAAUUUCAAGAUUGGCAUGUGGAAAAGAAGGGUAGCAACUGGAACUGUCCUGAUGGGAGGGCUCUGUGGUUCAACCACAUUGAGAGCUGUCUGGAAGUUUCUCAUCAAGUUAAAUAGACACCUACCCCAUGACCUAGAGAAAGGAAACACAUGUCCACAUGCAGAUUUGUGCACAGAUGCUAAGGCAGCACUAUUCAUACAAGCCAAACCCUGGAAACCACCCAGGCUGCAACCAUAGGUGAAGGGAGAAAUAAAUGGUGUUAUAUACUAAACCACGACCUAGGGUAAAGAAGGGACAGAAUACUGGUACAGGCAACAACAUAGAUGCAUUCCACGGAUGGGAUGCUGACUGCAGAGGCCAACCCAAAGCAGCACAGACUGAGAUGCUGUGUGUGUGAAGAGCAAGAACAGGCAAUACUUAUCUGUGGUGGAAAAGGAGAACAGUGGCUGCUGGGCGGGGAGGUGGGGGCAGGGAGGAGAGUAGGAACUAACUGGAAAGGAGCACAAGAGAGUUUUCUGAGAUCAUGGAAUGUUCUAGAUCUUUAUGAGGUAAAGGUCAUAUAGAGCACUCACUUGUUUAAAUUCUUUGAAGGGAACUCUGAGGACUUGUGCCUGUUAUUAUAUUCUUAUAUUGUAUAAUGAAUCCAACAAGGCCAUUUCAGGUAAUAAAUGAUGUGAAGGAAGUUUGCUGUGAUGUGGAACCUCAGGCUGCAUCAAAAUCUGUAUCUUAACGAGAUUCCCAAGAAACUCAGACACACACUACAUUUUGAGAAGUGCUGGUCUAGACUGUAUCAUCCAGCCUCCCAACUACAUUUCUUCUCAGAUGUUUCACCUGGCUGUAUUUUGUUGCUACAUUUGGGUUCUUUGUUUCCUGGAGAAAUGAAUAAUAUAAAGUGUCUAUGUAAUCCCUGCACAUUAGAAGGCAGGUGCGCGCGUGCACACACACACACACACACAUAUACAGAGCUAGCAUUCUUACCAAUUUCUAGAGAGAGGUCUACUCAAGGUCCAUUCAAUGUUAUUUAAAGAAGCAUCAUAGAUUAGCAGGUAGCCCUCAACUGGGUUCUAAUUUUUAUUUGUUUUUGGCCUGCAAAUAAUGUUUCAAAAGUUGAGAUCUACAUAAAUUCUGGAUUUCCUACUUUGUAUGAAAAGAUUGUAAAUCCAUUUGGAAAAAACCAAACCAUUUGCCAGCUCUGGGUUAUUUCCCUCACAGUAGCACUGGGCUACAGUGCCAGGGGUUCCCUUUAGAAAGGGCAUGUGCUUUGGGUUUUUGUGUUUGUUUGCCACUGUCCCCACCACUCCUUAUUGUACCACUCAUUUCUGUCUGGCCUCUAUGGGCAUCUGAGUUUGAGACCCUUGACUAAAGGCCAGCUGACGGCAAGACAUAAAAGGCACAAAAGAAUAAUCAGUAACUACUAUGAACAGUUAUAUGGAAAC